UUUCUUUGUAGGCAUUGUGUUUUAAUUUCGAUGACGGAUACAAUGGAUUCCCGGCGAUUUGCUUCAGAUUUAGUGAUAGAUACGCGGGAAAUCUCGCAGUCUCUCGCUCCGCCGAUGUGCGAAUUGGUUCCAUGUCGGAUGACCAGGACUCAGAAAUCAAUCCUAGUUUUGCUGGCUUUACUGAAAUUCGUCGCCAUGGGACUGUUUUCCGUAAUUGCGCCGUACUAUCAUUUGGAGGCCCAUCAGAGGCAACUAUCUGACGUGAUUGUCGGAGCUGUUUUCACUGCUUAUGCCGGAGCAAAUUUUCUCACUUCGCCGAUAUUUGGGAGAAUUAUUGCCGAAACAGGCCCUCAGAUCGUCCUGCUGCUUGGAUCUUCCCUACUUGGAAUUUCGGCCGUGUCAUUUUCAUUUUUGACUUCAGUAUCGGACCCGUCAACAUUUUGCGCGCUGAGUAUUUUUGUGAGGACGUUGCAGGGCAUUGGUUGUGGAGCAGCUGGUACUGCAAUUUUCACGUACGUUGCCGAAGUUUUUCCUCGACGAACAGGAAUUAUCAUGGGUGUGAUGGAGGUUAUGACAGCGAUAGGGUUGAACGCUGGUCCAGCAGUUGGAGGCUAUUUACACUCUGUUGGGGGAUUCAAACUCCCAUCACUGGUUCUCGGUUUUAUGUGCCUGGCAACAGUGCCACUGAAUGCAUUUCUUCUACCCCGUUCCAUAAACGCGGAAAAUUGUGUUCCGAAAACUCCGCGAACACCCGGAGGAAGACGAGUUAGCAAGUGGACGCUCUUGAUUAAUGUGCAAUUCAUUGUCGCCGCUCUUUCCACGACUGCGGUAUCUUGUGCGUCUGCAUUCCUCUCUCCUUUGUUGGCACCGCAGUUGAGCAAGCUUGGGAUGAAUACGUCGCAGAUCGGGAUGAUGUUCCUUUUUUCUCCGAUUGCCUACGGCCUGGUUGGUCCAAUUGCCGGGUGGAUUUCUGACGAAAAUCCGAAAUGGAGGCGUCUGCAAACAUCUGCGGGUCUCGGCUUGUUGUGCAUUGCCCUGCUGUUGCUCGGUCCUUCGCCAAUAAUUGAACGCAUCUUGCGCGGCGGCGCCGUCGUCGUGCCACUCGGUGGUUUGUUCUGGCCCAAUGCGGGCCGACCGAAAAUUCCCCUCCCGCGAUGA